AUGAUGACAUUUGCAUUCACCGAUGUGUUGUCAGAACCCAGUCGGAAUAAUUCUACUUGCAUAUCUACUCAAUCAAUAACCACACUUGUUCUCAGUGGUGUUAUCCUAAUAUUGAUCGGUGUAGUCUUUGGAUUAAUAAUAAUACUCGUUAAAAAACUACAUUCUACAUCCGUACUGAACAUUAUCUUCAUGGUUAUAACCGCGAUGAUUUUGUUUGUUGGUGUUGCGUUAUUAAUGCAUAAAGUAAAAUGGCACGAAAUAAUGAUUUCUGCACCUUUGGCUAGCAUGUUCUGCGUCUUAGCUAUUUUUUUGGGCGUAAAUCUACAACUUUCGAAAAAAAAAAGGAAAAUAAUCUUGUUCACGAUGUAUUGUGUAAUUUUAGUAGCUGCAUUCGUUCUUUAUGUAUUAUGGUUGACACUGAAAAAGCCUAUUUUACAAGGUUCAUUCUGGAUUUGUUGUUGCUGCAUAAUGUUUAUUGUGAUUCUGUUCACAGCAUACUAUCUAUAUAUGCACUACAGACAAGGAGACUGCUCUAAAUCAUACAUAUUUUUCGUAUGGAUUUAUGAAUAUACUGCAUUUUUCAUCAUAUUACAAUUCAUUUUAAACACAUUUCUUGAUUGUAAGUCAAACAUUAGUAAUUCCAACAUGACAAUGAUUGCGUGGGAUUAAUGGAUGAAUUUCCAUUGAGUAUCUAUAUUAGUUUACAAAUAUUCACAGAUAUUCAUUUGGAGUAUUGUGAAGAUUUUUGUUAACUGCAUUGUUAUUGAUAAAAAAUGUCUUGUUAAAUAUAUGUUCGCCUGUUACACUCAAUUUCUGCAUUGAACUUAUUCGUUUAAAAUACGAACAGACAUUGAAAUACAUUUCGAUUAUACUUGAAACUAGAACAAACCAAAUUGACUGGAAUGAUUUGUUCAACAAUCGUAUACUCCAAAUACACACGUGUCGUCACAAUGACAAAUAAUUU